AUGCCUUUGGGCUCAAGGGAUACCGAGACUCCUGACGAAUUGCACCUGAGAUCGAUCAGAGCUGCAGAGGAUGAUAUAGCCGAAGAAUUAGAUGAUAUCAGCGAACUAGUACAAAACUUACAGGACCGAAGCCGAAAUAGUCAAGGACAGCUACGAAGCCGGAGCUCAACUAUAGAUUCUACAGGACCAGGCCUUGAUGUGACGGGGCAUAGCAAUCAAAGAGGGCAACAAUAUGAGGAACUUCAAAACAGGGGAGGGGCAAGAGUCCAACGGAGACUACAGCAAGAUAGAAACUUACGAUGGCCGCCAGGCGUUCAAAGAAGAAGGUAUUUAAGACUCUUUUUGCGCAAUUUGCUGUUGUUGGAUCAUCUUUUAAUGAUGAUUCUUUUCCCGUUUUCUGUUUACAACGUUCUCAAGAUUCUGCUCACCGAAGUGACAUUUUCAGACAACGAUUUUAUUGCUGAAAUUGCUAAUUACUGUCGCUAUUCUAACGUUUUGAGCGAAGAUGGCAAGUCGGUUGUAUUUUUCAAGAGUGGGUUUGGUUUAUUGGGCAAGUUUCACAACAUCAUAGUUUAUAACUCUGCUCCAAUGGUGAGGUGGGCCUCUACAAAGGCCACUAUUGGCCCGUGGAUUAUCAAAAUAUAUGCCUCUGCGAUCAAAAUGACCACAGUUCUUCUCUAUACUGCUUAUGGAGUUGGAACUAGCACUUACGUGUGCUUUGCUACAUUCUUCUUCACACUUUGCUUACUUAUGACUGGAUUCAGACGCUACAAAGGAAUUGUUAGAAUUAUGGGGCAUUUGUAUCGCACCACAGUUGGCGUCUUUUGA